UCUCUGUCUCUGUCUCUGUCUCUCUCUCUCUCUGUCUCUCUCUCUCUCUCUCUCUCUGUCUCUCUGUGCAGCUUUGGCACUCUCAGAUGUUCUCCAGCUCUGCAGUGCAGAUGUUCAAGCAGCACUUGCACACCUGGGCUGAGGGCCCUGCACACCACAUCACAGCCUAUGCCUCUCCCCAGCCUCAUCACUGAGUCAUUUUGACACUUCUCAGGUUUCUAGUAUCAAAUAAUUUGGGAGGCUUUGUUGAAAACAACUUCUGCCAGAAGAAUGGUGUCAUCUUCUCUACAGAUCUGUGGAUUGCUGCUGGCUUUAGCAGGAUUCAGCAUUUCACUUGUUGCAACCAUCUCUAGCAGAUGGAAAGUUUCAGGAACCACGACAGUGUUAGUUUCUGCAGACUGGAUUUCUGAAGGUCUUUGGAUGGACUGUGCAGUGACUGAUCUUGGAUUAAUCCAGUGCAAGAAGUUUCUCUACAUGUUAAGUUCAGACACUCAUGUUCAGGCAUGCCGUGCCUUGAUGAUUACUUCCAUCCUUUUGGGAUUCCUAGCCACAGUACUCUCAGUGCUUGGAUUGAAAUGCACAAGUUUUGGGUUAAGCAGUGAAGAUUCAAAAGCGAAGUUUGCUGUCACAGGAGGAUUUCUCUUUAUUUUAGGAGGUCUCUGCUCUAUGGUGGCUGUUUCUUGGUAUGCUGCCAUGGUAACUGCUCAGUUUUUUGACCAGCUGUAUCCUGGAACCAAGUAUGAACUAGGAGAUGCUCUGUACUUAGGCUGGGGUGGAUCUCUUCUUUAUAUUCUUGGUGGGAUUUUUCUGACCUGUUCAUGCAAAGGGAAGAAAAGAGACCAUUACAGCACCAAAUAUGCAUAUUCUUCAGGCCAGGCAGCUCCACAACAGCUCAUUUACACCAAAAAAUCUGAGACAAUAAGCAACAAGGAGUAUGUCUAAAUUGACCUUUUGCAUGACUAGUACCAGCAGCAGGUUAUGAACUCCAAUAAAGAAGUGAACUACUUCCACAGUUCCAGUUCCAAGUUGUAAUCUUUCAUCUUAAUUUGGAGCAGUACCAGGAGGUAUGGUUUUCAUAGAAAUAGGAAUUGCUUUCCAGGAAUGGCUUUCAAAUGUAAAUAAGUUUCUGUAAAAAAUGCUGUGAUGUCAAAUCCUGCAGCAUGAAGGUUUCCUGCAUGCUGAGAAGCCUGGUAAAAUUUAACCACGGAGUGCAGUGUAUCCUGACAAUCCAGAGCAACUGUAUCUGUUUCAGCUGACUCAAACAUGGAGAACUGAUACGCCUUAGCUGACUGCAAGUUGUGUGCCCCAUAGCUGGAAAUAGGUAUUCAUUAAUGUUUAGCUUCCUACUUCUGUUUAGCAGCUUUAGCUUUUGACAGCAAAUAAACUGUUCCACAGACUGACUGCAACGAGUUCUUUGAUGAGGGGUAUCCUGGUCGUUAGUAAGUCUAUAUACUGUGGUCUUGAAGUCUUGGACUGAAACUCGUAUUAUGUAUGAUAGGAGAUUUAGAAAAGUUAAAAAAAAAAAUCCUAGCAACCACUCACCUGAAUCUGCAGUUCCUUGUUUCUUGUAAUGCAGGUAUGAAAAACAAACUAUACAGAAUGAAUCAAACACAGAUGGAAGUGGAGAAAGCAUCUGGUGUGAAAAUGCCUUGUGAUAACUAAGAUGAUUGUAGCCUUCGUUGUUUUAUUUUUACAUCUAUGUUUUCAGCUUUUAAAAUAACCCUAUUCUAACUUUGAGCAAUCUUUAACUUUGGGAACUUCUGCAUCUGAAUUGUCUAAUUCAUGUAAUUCCCCAGUGUCUUUAUUCUUCAUUAUUGCUCCACCAUUAGAAUUUCUGCCUUAAGCUACUCCACUGCUGGAAACACAUGCUUGCCAUGUGUGAGCACUUAGACACUUGACAAUGAAGUAACUUUAAUUUAUGUUGAUGCUUGAGCAGUGUGGGAUGGAGUUUCACACUGCAGGUUCACUGUACAAUUUUGUAACUUGUCCCUUUUAAAUUACAAAUGUAUUCAUCCAAUUCAACAAAACACCUUGGUGUUCCUCUCUGCUUUUAACAUCUUAUCAUAAGCAAAAUUGUAGUUCAAUUUAGAAGUUUGGUGCAGCUUCCUUGAUAUCCCAGCAGUUAAUAUCACAGAGCAACCUGUAAGCAGUCUUAGCAGAAAUGGUUUAGUCAUGUUGCUUGCAUACAGGUAGAGCUGACAUGAAAACUGACACCUUAAGGGAUGAAUUGGCAGACAUUGCCAGGCUUAGGAAGGAGAGCUAAAAGGAGUGCUGAUUUCUUUUAGAAUGCCAGUGUCAUCUCUUCCACUAUUGACUACUCUUAAAAAUCUCCUUUUGGAGAAUAAUUUUCAAAGCUGAAAAGGCAGUUAACUGGCAUGGUGGGAGCUGAACUCCUUAUCAUCAUCUGUAUAUUCUCUUCUCUGGAUUUUUAGCUAAUUUCAUGAUGGUGUCUUGCUCUAGUGGGAAGUAAGGAAAAUGCAGAGCUUAGGCAGCAACUGAGAAGUUCCAGUGUUGGUUUUUCACCAAAGGAUUUUGUCAGCUCAUGAACAUGAAUUAUGAUCCAGUAUGGGAGAGAUGAAUUCAGAGCUUCCUUGGUCUGGCAUCAGACCUUCUGGUGACUUCGCUGGGAAGUUCCAUUAAAACUGAGAAUGGUUUCUCAGUUUAAAGCCUCAUUCAUUCAUGCAAUACAUCAUCAUUGUAUUCAGUACCAUUCAGAGGAAAAUAAAUGCUGAAGAUACCAUGCC